AUGAGGGCCCCCCAUUCCUCCCUUCUCCGCUGCCGACGAAUACAAGAGGGGCCCCAGCCCAGUACCCUUUCCAGCCCUUGGGGGCCCCCAAGGUCCUGCCCCAGGGGCCCCCUGAGGGGCCCCCCGGGGGUCCCCCUGGGGGGCCUUUUGGGAGGCCCCCAAGGGGCUCCUCUGAGGGGCCCCUUGGGGGGCCCCCUGGGGGGCCCCCUGGGGCCCCCAGCCCCUGUGGGGGCCCCUUGGGUACUGCGGGGGGGACAGCUGCCUGUAGGCGGCUUGGCUAGCUGCUUGCUGUGCUGCAGCAGCAGCAUGGCUAGCUGUGCAGCAGUCCAGCUAGCUGCUACUCGCCCGCAGCUGGCAGAAGUUGCUGCUGCUGCUGCUCGGCUGCAGCAGCUGCAGCAGCGGGGGAUGUUCGAAAAUAGGGGCCCCUGGAAGCGGCUGCUGCAGCAGCUGCACAGGUACUCUAUAGCGCUGCUGGCUAGUGGGGAGCAGCAGCUGCUGCAGGUGUUUGCUGCUGUUGCUGCUGCUGCAGCAGCCACUGCGUGCCCCCCGCCGCCCGCUUAUGAACUUGCUGCUGUGCUGCUGCAGCACCUUGCAGAAACAGCAGCUGCGCCACAGACAAGUUCUGCUGCAGCAAUUACUCCCGGAGGUCGGCUGCUGCUGCUGCUGCAGCUGCAGCAGCUAAUCCACCUCAGCAGCGACAGCAGCACUUUGGCGCUGCUGCAGCAGCAAGCCCUGCUGCCCAUAGUGCCUCAGUGCUUGCAGGCGCUGCAGGCUGCUGCUGCUGCUGCUGCAGCAGACGGCGCUGCAGUAGGCACUGCUGCAGCACGAAGCAGCGCAGCAGGUGCAGCAGCAGCAGCACAUGCAACAGCAGCAGCAGCAGCAGCAGCAGCAAACGAUGCUGCAGCAGCUUCUUUGUCAGAAGUUGUGGCUAGCCAGCCAUUUGCUGUUAUUGAAUUGCUAACAAAUGCUGGGGGGCCCCCCCUUGCAGAAGACAGGGGGGCCCCCCUGGAGGGUCUUGUUGCUGCUGCUGCUGCGCUGCUGCAGACGCAGCAGGGAGAGGCCGAAGUGCAUGCAGCAUUUGCCUGCAGCAAGCUGCUGCUGCUGCUGAAGCAGGCACGAGAAGCAGCCGGAAACCCAGCCCAGAGCAGCAGCAGCAGCAGCAGCAGCGCCAACACUAACAGCGGCAGCAACAGCAGCAGCAGCGGCCACUCCAGCACAGAUAGCAGCAGCUUCAUAGCCAGCAGCAGCAGCAGCAGCGGCGCCAAAGGCAGCAGCAACGACAGCAGCAGAAGCAGCUACAGCAGCAGCAGCACCGUCAGCAACAGCUGUGCCAGCAGCAGCAGCAGCAGCAGCAACGGCGUCUCCUUUCUUAUUGAAAGAUGCCUGCGCUGUUUGCUGCGGGCUCCGCUGCAUGCAUUUGGUGCUGCUGCUGCAGAAGUGGCAUUUGGGGCUUUGGAGUUUUUGGAGAAGUCAAUUAAAAAAGAAAGAAAAAAAGAAAUAAAAGCAGCAGCAGCAGCAGCAGACGCAGCAGCAGCAGCAGCAGCGGCAGAUGUGAAUUCGCAUUUGGACAGACACGAGCUGCUGCAGCAGCUCCUUGCUGCUGCUAAGAAGCACGUGCAGCAGCAAGCAGCAAAAAGAGCAGCAGAGCUGCAGCCAGGGGAACUCACACAUGUCGUUGCUGCUGCCCUGCGGACUGGCAGUGCUGGCAGCUGGUGGAUGGCGGCGGUGAUGCGGCGCUGCUGCAAUUUGCGAGAAUUGUUCUCUAAAGACCAACGCGCCUUGCUGCAGAUGGCCGCCGGGGUGAUCAGCAGCAGAAUGGCAGCAGCAGCGGCUCAGUCUGCUGCUGCGGCAGCAGGACCUGCUGCAGCAGCAGCAGGAGCUGCUGCUGCUCCUGCAGCAAAGAAGGAUGGAGGAAGAGGAGCUGGCAGCGAGCUGCUCCAGCGGAGGGAAAGAAGGGCCCAGGAGCUGCAGCAGCUGCAGCAGCUGCAGCAGCUGCAGCAGCUGCUGAAGUCGAUUUUGCUGCUGCGGCUCUUUGAGCUGCCAAAGUCCUCAAAUGUUUCUUGGACUUCUGGCAGAUCUCAUUUGUCUUUUUAUUUAAAGGAGAAAACAAAACCCAAAUUACUUUUCGAGUCUUCUUCAUCUUACUCUCAGAGACUGCUGCGGCUUUCUUGCUGCUGCUGCUGCUCCCUUGCUGCUGCGCUGGACCCCCGGGGGAAAGCAGAACUUCUUGCGCUGCUGCAGGAAGAAUCUUGCGGAAGAAGAGAAGAAAUGGAAAAAGUUAUUUCUUGCCGAGUUCAUCUUUGUCUCGCGAAGUCUUGGGAAGUUGUUUGCGCCUGUCACCGCCGGCGCGGCACGCUGGAGGCGCAGCUCUACGGCGCGCAGCUUCCCCAGGUGUAUAUUGCUGCAGCACGAAAGUGCUUCGAAGCAGCAGAUUUAAAAAGCUGCAGCUUCUCUCUUUCCAAGUGCAGCAGCUCCGUGGCUGCUGCGCUGCAGCUCGACGACCGCCUUCUCCGGAGCGCAGGGUACUUGCACGGGAGUGCUUCUGUGAACAGCAUUCGCCUGCGCUGGGCUGAGACUUGGCUCAAAGACAUGCAGCAAGCAGCAGCAAAGCUGCAGCAGUCGCUGCUGCUGCUGCUUGCUGCGGACCAAAAACACUCCCCCCUCUACUGGCAUGUCUUGGCCCUCAGCUGCUGCGCCGAGCUCGCGCAGCAGCAGCAGCAGCAGCAGCAACCGCAGCAGCAGCAGCAGCAGCAGCAGCAGCAGGACAGGGGCGAAAGAGCUGCAAAGAUCAAAAGGCAGCAGCUCCUGGGGGACCUCUCAGCUGCUGCAGUUGCUUUUCUGCAGCAGCAGCAAGCAGCAGCUGCAGCAGCAGCAGCAGCAGCAGCAAAGGAAUGCGAUGCUGAUGAUGAGACACAGACACCGGAAGCAGCAGCAAUGCAGUCAGCAGCAACUCGCCCCCCAACGCCCGCUGCAGCAACGCCGCUCUCACCUGCUGCAGCAGCAGCAGCAGAAGCAGCAGCAGCAGCAGCAGCAGCAGAGCCCCCAGCAGCAGCAGCAGCAGCAGCAAAUGAGAAAGUUCUCGAAGAUCUGCUUAAAUGCAUUUUGAAAACUUGGGAAGAAGGAGUUAAAGGAGAAAAGUUGUUUUUCGUUUUGCCGGAGGCCUUUGUUGAGUUUGCAGAACUUUUCAUGGAGAAGCAAAGAUGGAGAGACGCAAUUCAGUGGAUACAAGCUGUCCAAGCAGCAGCAGCAGCAGCAGCAGCAGCAGCAGAAACAGCGGCAGCACCAGAAGGAGAAGGAACCGCUGCAGCAGCAGAAGCAGGAGAAGGAGCCACUGCAGCAGCAGCCGCAGAAGAAGGAGCAGCCGCAGCAGCAACAACAACCACAGCAGCAGCAACAACUACAGCAGCAGCAGCAGCAGCAGCAGCAGCAGCAAACUGUGACGCGCUGCGCCGUUUGUCGCUGAGUCUCGCAUUUGCGUUUUGCCGCACAGGACAGCCGCGGAAGGCUUUGGAAGAACUAGAUAAAGACGAAGAGCAGCCAGAAGCAGCAGCAGCUGCUGCAGCAGCAGCAGCAGCAGCGGGAGGACCGGCAGCAGCAGCAGCAGCGGCAGCAGCAGAAGGACCGGCAACAGCAGCAGCAGCACCGACACCAUCAGCAGCAGCAGCACCGACAGCAGCCGCAGCAGCACCGACAGCAGCAGCAGCAGCAGCAGCAACAGCAGCACCGACAGCAGCAGCAGCAGCAGCAGCAGCAGCAGCGCAUGCAAAGGACCUGGCGCCCCCACCCGAAGUCGCGGUGGAGUGUUUGCUGCUGCUCAUUGCUGCUGUCACUGCAGCAGAACCUGCAGCAAACCUCCCCGCAGCAGCAGCAGCAGCAGCAGCAGCAGCAGCAGCAGAAGGGGGGGGCCCCUUGGGGGCCCCCGGGGUUCAGAACUUUCGAGUGGAUUUAAUAAAAAGGGCCCUCAAUAUAUCUCUGAAGCAGCAAAGAGGAGGGGCCCCCAAAGAGUUCCCUUUGGGGGCCCCCCUGGGGGGCCCCCCUGCUGCUGCUGCUGCUCCUGCUGCUGCUGCUGGCAGCAACUUUCAGCUGUUAUAUUUGUGCGGCUUUUUGCUGCAGCAAAGCCAAAAGGCCAAUUGCCAGCGGCUGGCGGCUCUGCGGCUCUCUCGACUGCUGAGCCGCAGGCUGCAGAAUACGUCCAUACCUUUUGAAGCUGGCCGGGCCUUUCAAGAGGGCAGCAGCAGCUCUUCGUCUUCGUUUCAAUUUGAUUUAUUUUUGACAUCAAGGGUUUUGCUGCAGCAGCAAACAAGGGGCCCCCCGGGGGGCCCCCUCGAGGGGCCCCCAAGGGCCUCCGUGGGAAGCCCCGCAGCUGAGCCUCUUGAAGCAGCCCCGGAGGGCCCCCAAAAAGGGUACUUGUGGGGCCCCACACUUAGCAGCAGCAGCAGCAGCCGCAGCAGCAGCAGCAGCAGCAGCAGCCAAAGGGGCCCCCUAGAGGGGCCCCCAGGGAGGCCCCCAGUUGCUGUGCCUGUGGCAGCUGCUGCUGCAGCUCUGGAGCGGCUGCAGAUGCAUUUGAGAAGUCGGGAAGUGAAAACGAAAGCAACAGACAAUCUGCUGCGGCUCUCCUUCUUGCUGCAGUUCGAAGCCGUCUGCAUGCUGGCCCUUGAAGGGCCUUCCCAGCAGCAGCAGCAGCAGCAGCAGCAGCGGCAGCAGCAGCAGCAGCAGCAGCAGCAGCAGGAAGGGGAGGUGGAGAAUGAAGAAGACGGAGUGCAGGAAAAAAGAAAAGAAAAAAGAAAAUGCGCAAAAGAGUUGGCGGAAAAGGCGUUUGCAGAAAACCUGCUGGGACUCGUGGGGUAUGAAAUGCUGUUUGCAACAGCCCUGGAAACUGCAGAAGAAGAACUGACCUCUUGGGUGGCUCUGCAGGUUUUGGGUGUACUGACAGCUCGAGAGGCAAAAGACCUUCAGUUCUUCGCCGCAGGCUUCCGGUGA